AUGUCGGUAGAAUCGCCGAAACGCGUUGAUUUUGUGGAACAAUAUGGAAGGAACGUUAGCUCAGCAGACAAAUUGCUGCUAAAGCUAAUGUCCAAUCAUCAGAAGCAGAUGCUGAAUGAUAGGAAGGCGGAACGGUCACGACUACGGAAUUGCGCAACGCAGACUGGUGUACCUUGUGAAUCAUCAUUCGUGCAAACGGAUGAAAUCAGGAGGAUAACCGGAUUACAGCCGUUGCCACCGGUAGGGCGUGCUGGGAACGAUUUCGCGCUACAGAACAGAUUAUACAUCUAUAAUACGGGCGACUGA